AUGGCUCUAAUUUAUCCAAAAGAUUUGUGUCAAUUACUUUUGGAAUGUGAUAAAUGUACUUUUUCAAUGAUUGAUUUUACACAACCCGUUUAUGAAGAUGAGACAAUGUAUCGCUAUGUUAAUGUUUCGAAGGAAAAAGGAUUUGAAGAAGAUGAACAAAAUGACAGAAAAAAAGCUGUAAAAAUGUAUUGUAAUAGAUGUGGUGAUUUUGUUAUGGAAUUUAUUAGUGAAGUAGAUGUUACUAAAGAUAUAUUGGAUGGAAUUCACGUGUUGAUGUAUCAUCCAUUUACAGCCUGGAAUCUUUCAAAGACAAGAUUUUCGAAAAAAUAUCCUUUUAUGGACUUGAAGUCAAGGUAA